AUGGUGCUGAAAAGAAGUGUACAAACAGAAUGGUGGCAAUGUAUCACAGUGGCACUUCACCUUCCAUCCAGGAUCACGUAUUACAAUCACUCAAGGAUCCAAUUGGUAAGGUGCGGUGUGAUUGCAACAAAUGCCCUUGGAAUGGGGGUAGACAUAAAGGGUUUACACCAUGUUAUAAACUAUGGUCCUCCCCCAGACCUAGAAUCAUAUGUUCAAGAAAUGGGAAGAGCUGGUAGAGAUGGUGCAUAUUCAGAGGCAGCAUUACUCUUUCAUGGAAGACAACUUCGCAAGUGUAAACCAGAGAUGCUAGAAUACACAAAGUCAAAGUCCUGCAGAAGAAGGCAAAUUCUUGAUUUUUUUAAAGUUACAAGUCAAGAAAGAAGAAUAGAGAAGAAACAUUUAUGCUGUGAUGUCUGUGCUCAAGAUUGUGCUUGUGGACAAGACUGUCCACAAAAUGUGGGAACUAUGGUCUCCAAAAUGACUCUUCCAGCAGCUGAUGAUGCUCCAAGGGGCAGAAGUGUAAGUGAAAGUGAUAGAAGAGCCCUAAAGGGUCUAUUAGAGGAGUGUCAGGAAAGCAUGCGUCAGGCAGUGUUACAAUCAAGUCAGCAUUGUUUUUAUUCAAACAUUGACCAAAUCACUGGCUUUACUGACCGCAUAAUUGAAGAUACAACCUCAAAGUGUGAUUUUUUGUUUAGUGUUGAUGAUAUUAUUGAACAAAUUCCAGUUUUAAGUGUACAGCAUGCAUUCAAAGUGUAUGAUUGUCUUUGUGAGGUGUUUACAGACCUACAACAAGAAAGUCUGGAGCAGUAG